AUGGUUGAAGAGAAGAAUCCAACUGAGAAUGUCGAAGAGGAGCAGACAACAGGGCCUCUGCCUGCCGAACCAGCAAAAGUUUUCACAGUAGAAAUCUUGCACAUGAUCAAGGAGGCCCAGCAGCAACAUGGUCUCCGUCAUGGCGACUACCAACGUUAUCGUGGUUAUUGCACUAGACGCAUUCGACGUCUACGAAAAGCCCUCAAAUUCCCCCAAGGUGACAAGAGACAUUUUAAGCGUCGUGAUGUUACUUUAGCUCAACUAACGGGGAAGCGUGCUGACGAACGCUUUAUCCAUAUACCAUUGAUAAGCGCAGAGCGUGCCUGGGCAUAUGCCAUGCAAUUAAAGCAGGAAUCGAAUACGGAACCACGAAAACGUUUCCACUUGAUUAGCAAAUUGAGGAAGGCUUGCGUAUAUGCUCUGCAACUGCAAGACUUGUGCAAUUCGGACGCGUUUGAUGCUCGGACAAAACUGGAAUGCGAGGCUUACGUUGCCUGGAUGCACGGCAGCCUACAUUUCGAAUUACAGCUGUGGAAGACUGCCGGCGAACACUUGAAACGUGCCCAGGUGGUCUAUGAGAACUUGGCUAAAGCCUUGCCGGAAGAUGAACAGGAGUUGUACAGGGCUAAGGUUAAUGAAUUUACCCCUAACUUGCGCUACUGUGCCUACAAUAUUAGCGGUGGUCGUGCUGCAGGUGCCAAUAUGGACGAUUUGCUGGAAUUCCGAGCACAAGGAUUACUUGAGAACUUGGACGAUUUGGUGAAUAAAACCAAGACGGAGAGUAGCGAAGGUUUGCAAACUAUCGAAUGGCGUGGCCGAAAGGUUACAGUCCGUCCUGAAAAGGUCCGACUAUUCCUGCUCAGCGCACAAGAGCUCGACAAGAGCCUGGAGAAGGCUUCUAAAAUUGAUUCGAAGAUUGAAUUAAUCGAACGUACAUUGAUGGAUUGCAAAGAUGCCAUACAGGCUGUUAAGGAGGAAAUAAAACAGGAUCCAAAAUUGAGAUCGUUGACAACGGGUCAGACAGUCUCGGGAAUUCAAUAUCUCUUGGCGUACCUUUCGUACAUUCGCCAUAGUCGCACUUUGCAACGGAAUUUGUGUUUGGUGGAACAAGCCAAGUCGAACUUCGACGAUCCGAAUCAGAAGUCACAAAUAGGAGGUGGCGAUGGUAAACGGGUGAGACCCCAAGAUUUGACACGUUUGUACGAAAUUAUUCUUCAAAAUGUAACAGAAAUGCAACAAAUUCCCGGAAUGGAGGAUGAUCAAACCUAUCAGUCGGAAAUCGAAAACCUUGCACUUACAUUUAAGGCAUUCCGCUGUUAUUAUAUAGCGCUCACCCUGGUCGAUAUGAAGAAAUGGAAAGAAGCCGUGGCACUCUAUGAACGUUCUUCGAAAUACGCUGGCGAAGCCUUGAAGACUACAACAACUGAUACAUUUAAUCUAAACGAUGAGCUAAAGAAACUCAUAUCUACAAUUGAUAGCUGCAAGUUUUCGGCUCAUGCUUACAGUGUUCUUGAGGACGACAACACUGACGACCCUAUCUUCACUUCAAAAUCGCAAAAGUCUUCGAAGCCUUUGUUCGAGCGCCUUUCUCAAUACAAGGAAGAUCAAUCGUUGCACACUAAGAACCCCAAUGUUUUCAAGAUGGUUCCCGAAAUGGAAGCUAUACCCUGCAAGCCACUAUUUUUCGAUUUAGCAUUGAAUUAUGUCGAGUUUCCAUCAUUGGAAGAUAAGUUACAAUCACCUGGGAAAAAGGGUAUUUCCGGUUUUGUUAAAGGUUUUCUGGGAUGGGGAGGCAACAAGUAA